AUGAAGAUUGUUCUUAUAUUGUUUGCGAUAUUGAUCGUUGGAUAUUCUAAAGACGUACCAAAGAGAAACUUAAAAUUUAAUAGCUAUGCUGUAAUACGCCAACUCUUCGAAAUGAUAAAAUAUAAUAUUAAAAAUGGACACUUUGAGAAAGAUCUUCCUGCACUAGAUCCAUUUCAGUUUAUUAACAAAACAAUUGAAAUGCUGUUGCCUCAUAACGCACUAAGCUUACAUGCUGAUUUUAAGAAUGGAGUAUUUAAAGGCUUGGCAAAUUUUCAAUUGGAAGAGGUAGACUUCGUUAGAGAUGAAAUCGCCAUGGAUUUAUUGAUAAGGUUUCCUUCGCUGACUUUUACAUCUGGUAGUAUGGAAAUACGUAAUUAUAUAUUUGGAGGCAGGGUCUACUUAAUGCAGUCUAAGGAUGAAAAAUCGGUAUUAAUUCGUAAUAUUUCCCAUCCACAGUUCAAUAUAGAACAAAUUGUCUCUCGUUUAGACUUCGAUAAAAAUAUUGACAACAUUAUAAAUGCUAUUAUCGACGAUCUUCUGGCAAACUACUUCACCCGUUUCAACCAGUACGUCUCUCACAUCUGUGCAGAUGAUGUUAUGGAUUUAGUGAAUUAUUUCCUAAACAAGCUCGAUACUUGGACUAUAUUUGCCGUUCUGCUGUGG